AGGUAUGUUGCAACUGUUGGCAUGUUGCAACUGUAAUUCUUACUGUGCAAUGCAAAAUGCAAAAAUCAAGUCUAAACAUACUGUUGCUUGGUAAACUGAUGCACAUGUACCAUUCUCUGUAGGGCUCUUAACACAGAAGGAAUUGCACCACCUUUGUAGUAAUCAGGAAAAUGCAAAUAUCCUGGAAUUGUUUGGUAUGGAGAUAUGGGUGGAAAAGUAGAGUGGGCAACUUGCUGCGUAAUUAUUUAGUGGACGAUAUAUGCAUUAAAUUCUCAGUUGCAGAUAUGAAGCAACCUAACCCCUUGACUUUUUGUUAUCUAGUUUGUGAUGCUUGCAGCCUGGGUUAUAUUGCGAGCCCAUGCGCUAAACCCUGUCCCUGGAGCCUACCCCCCAGGAAUGAGACAUGACAACAAUGUAUGGGUUUAAAUUAGGCCACAACUUAAUCGAAUUUCAGGUGUAGGAACCUUGGCUUAGGCCUUGGAAGGUAUCCCUCUCAUACCUGACAGGGGCUGAGGAUGCGCAGGGCAGCCAGGCGUUGUGGGAGGGGACUGUAAAGCGUGGACUUACACAGCGUGCCCUCUCACUUUGCUGAAGCUGGGCGUUUGAUCUUAUGCUGCCGCCCCAGGGCCAGUGACUCCCACAAUCAACCCUUUAAUGGGCCCUGCUAAUGCCGCCACAUGGGGGGUCCAUGAAAAUGCUACCCCCCCCAUCUCAAAGAUGUGACAAAUUGCUACAGGGAAGGCAAAACCUGCCAAUGCAGGGAAAUUCCUUCCCCGUUCCGAACACAGCAACCAUCUUAUGACCAUAGCAGCGCCCGCUGACCUAGGAAGCAAGAGGUUAGCCUGCAAAAGAAGACCGUGUUGUAUUUUAGGGAGGGGUGGGUGAAUCUGGAAAGAAAACAAAGUGAGCCUGGGCCCGAAGAGCACCAGCCUUUUUCCAGCCCUCGCCCCAUCCCCAGCCCGCUGAGAUGGGGACAGGCCGAUCGCAACCCUGUAGCCAAGGUGGGUAGCACCCUGGUCCCGGGAACCCCGGCGCGGUGUCAUAAACCCUGCCCACUUCUUGGAGGGGGUGAGCGGUAAUUGUGUUCUGUGAGGGCAAAAGAGAAUAUCUGGAGAAUUUUCAUGACUGGGUUGCAACAAAGUGGCCUUGAUGGUAGAUGUCACUCCUUUGAGGUAGGUCUGUGUGACAAUGAAGAGCAGAUCAUGGGAAAUAAAUGGUGAGCUGGAUCCACGCUCACAGGCACAAAAGAUUAUAAACUGGCCCAUCACUAUAUAGUGUAGGCAUGGUGAACCUUUGGUCUGCCAGGAGUUGCUGAAGUACAUCCCUAUCCAUUGGCCAUGCUUGGGAGUUGUAGUUUAGCAAUGUCCAGAGGGCCAAAGGUUACUCACAUUUGCCCUACAGAGUGAAGGGUUGCACUGUUCCCCUCCUCAACGCAUCCCUAUGUAGUCUCCGUUAGGAUAGUUCACAGUAAAGCACUAUGAAUUGUGUACACAAAUUCAGUGUUUUUUAAAUUCAUUACCUUGGUAGAUUGACUUAAAACUUUAUUUGGUCAUCAUUAUGUUUCCUUUGGAAACUCCUCUUUAAGAGAGUUGGGAUGCCCAUCACACACCAGGUCAAUACAGUCCUACUUCCUGAAGUCCCAGUGCUGUGAACAGUCAAGAUAGUAUGUAGUUUCUGUGGAAAAGGCAGAGUUUGCAGAUCUUUAUCUCCGAGAUACCUGGACCACUUUGGAAUCCAAAAUAGCUUGGAUCCAAGGCAGUCUGCUGUGUAGCUUCCUGGCUCCGAAGCUCUGGAACAGUGUUAGAAUCUUGGGAAGUCUCCUAAGGUGUUCUUAAAAUAUAUAUUUUGUAACCUUGUCCUACUUCUUCAUUAACUGAAAACAACAGACAGAAAAGAGGCAGGAAGUAGGGAAGGGAUAUGCGUAUAAUUCUGUGACUUGCAGUUCUAGCUUCCAGUCAAGGUAUGACUUUUACCAGGUCUCUCCUUUCACUUCCAAUUGCACUGCUUUUGGGAGGAACUCUGCCACCUACCUGUAAAUCCUUACCAGUUUUUUUGCUUUCUGUGACUUUAGGGCAAAUGGAGCAGUAAAGAAUCUAAGACUUUGUCUAAGACUAAGUCUUUGAGGCUUUACAAAGACUUGUUUUGUUCAUUCCUUCUGUUUUGAUUUUACAUUAUAUUUGAAAAUCAAUUAAAAAUGCAAACAAUAUACUGAUUUUUAUUCAAAAUUCCCUAACCUCUGUGUCUAUUCUUCUGCAAAUGUUUCAGGGGAUGUAGCUUAAGGGCACAUUAUAUGACAUGUUUAUACAAAGUACCCACAAAACCACAGGGCAGGGCAUCAAACCUUUUAAAAUGAUUUCAAACUUGUCAUCUAAUGCAGGUGAAUUCAUGUAGUACUGACUCGCAGAUGUACAAGGGCACAGCUAUAAUUCUUUUGUCUAUGGGAAAAUAUAUGUAGCUGUGCCCUUGUGCAUCUGCUAUGUGGAGAGCUGAGCCCUCCAACCCAUUUGAGCUUGACAUCUCAUUUUGAUUUAAACAAUCCCAAGAGAAAUAGCAGUAAGCUAAAGGGGCGCAUCCAGCAGUAAUUCAUUGGUGACCUCUAAGGCAAAUGCUAUUGAGAUCAUAGCCUUGUAAAUGAAACUGGAGGAAUUUCUGCAAGAGGUUCUCUUCUGCCUGUGGGAUCUUUUGUGGACUGCAGUGUCAGGCCCAAGGCAUUUUGCAGCCUGAGGCAGAGUGGCAAACAGCACCCCUCUCCCCAGGUCAAGGUGCCUAGUAUUCAAGGUUGGCUGAGUUAUUUUGGCACCUGCAGCAGAAAAUCCCACAAGUACUUCUCCCUGCCCCACUCCCCGGCACUAAAAAAAUAACCAUAAUAAAUUAAGCACUGUAACUAAUUUGUUGCCCAUUUAUGAUUCUCUGUCAAGUGCCCUGCCCAUCAUUACAUAACGGGUUGCUAGCGUAGUCAAGUGGCUGAGAUAAGGAGCAGAGGGAUUGCAGACGUCUGGGUCUGGGUAGAUACUGUAGGAACGGAGAAUUUGUCUACUCCACAUAUUGUAGACCUAAGGGAAAGGUGCGGAGAAGCAGCAAAACCAGGGGAAAGUUUUGGCAGUUGUUAGAUUUGGAGGGAGGUUAGCUCUGAUGAGCAGAAGGCAUUCUGAACCUGCUUAGAGCACCUCCACAUACAUGCCAACUGCCCCUCUUUCUGUUCUAGCCCCUGGAUCAGAAAAGGAAUUUCCUCAGGAUCAACAGGGAAGUGCCAUGGAGCAUCGGGGCUCAGGCAUGGCCAAACGUCUGGCCACACUACUCUCAGGUCUAGUGGAAUGCAUGUGCUUUGCCGGUGUCAUUUUUGGAUGGGCAUCCCUAGUGUACGUCCUCAAGGAUAUGCACUACUUUGAGGAUCUGUGUAUGUCUGCAGCUGCCAAUCAAACAAGCAAUGCCACAGGCUGCAGUGCUCAGGAUGAGCAGUUUUCCCUCAUCUUCACCAUUGGCUCCUUCAUGAACAACUUCAUGACCUUCCCAACAGGCUACAUCUUUGACCACUUUGGUACCACAGCAGCACGUCUUCUUGCCAUAUCUGCCUACACCACUGGUACUCUCCUCAUUGCAUUUUCCUCAGCAGCCACUGCGCUGAUGCUGUUCCCAGCAGUGACGUUUCUCUCUGUCGGUGGGAUCCUCUUUAUCCUCACCAACAUGCAGAUUGGGAAUCUGUUUGGAAAACACCGCUCAACCAUUAUUACCCUCUACAAUGGGGCCUUUGACUCUUCCUCUGCAGUUUUUCUUGUCAUCAAGCUGCUGUAUGAACAAGGCCUCUCGCUGAGAAUCAUGUUCCUCUUCAUGUCUGCUUGCAGUGCCUGGCACUUGAUCCGUACUUUCUUUCUGAUGCCCCGCAGCCAUAUUCCGUAUCCACUGCCCCCAGGAUAUACAUAUGGAGUGAGCUGUCACAAGAGGUCCCGUUCAUAUCGCACCUAUGAGGAGCAACGUAGCCCCAAAGUCCUGGAUGAGAAUGAUGCAGAGGACUCGGAUAAUCUGCAUGCUGAACCAGCACUCGAAGAAAAUUCCACCAACAAAGGGUUGGUUGGCAUAGGAGAUGCUGAGACUGCAGCAAACCUCAAGGCUCCAGCUGUUGUUUCCUUCCGGAGCUGUGUCUUCUCCAAACUCUUUUUUUGGCAUCUGGUGUGGCUGUCGGUGAUGCAGCUGCGACACUAUCUCUUCAUUGGCACCCUCAACUCCAUGCUGACACAGCUGGCUGAUGGAGACCCCACCCUUGUGAGCAGCUACACCAAUGCUUUUGCCUUCACCCAGUUCUGUGGAGUCAUCUGUGCCCCCUGGAAUGGGCUUAUCCUGGACCGUCACAAACGUGGACAUAAAAAGGAAGGGAGUUUGCAAGGGGUGCCAGAUUCCCUUGCAGACCUGCGUUCCUGUGUGCUGUCACUGGUCAUUACAGUGUUGCAGUGCGUGGCCUUCUCAAUUUGUGCCUCUAUUCCGGUGCUGCCUGUGCAGUACGCCACGUUUAUCCUGCAGGUUCUGAGCCGCUCCUUCCUCUACGGGGGCAAUGCUGCCUUCUUAUCCAUUGCCUUCCCUUCGGAACACUUUGGGAAACUCUACGGCCUGGUGAUGGGGCUCUCAGCCGUGGUGUCUCUCCUGCAAUACCCCUGCUUCUCGCUCAUCAGCGGCCCACUCAACGGGGAUCCCUUUUAUGUGAAUAUUGGUCUCAUAGUCCUAAUAUUUCUGGCUUUGGUCAACCCAGUGAUGGUGUGGUUGGAGUGCAAGCGGCGGCAGAAGGAACAGUACAUCGCAGGCUCCCCAACCUUAACUGCAAGCAAGAAGGAAGGCCUGGAGUCUUCUAUCUGAGCCCUUCACUGUGUAGACUUUGGGAAUCUCUCCUAUCAAAAGGGAACCUUAAGAAGAUUUGAAAAGGGAACUGAGGAAGAACCCUCCUCUCUCUCUGAGCUUCAUUCCCAGCAAAAUCUGGUCACAGUCCAACACAGUCAGGUGUGCUUAAGUCCCUUGAAACAAAUGGACUUAAACAUAUCUGUGUUACCAAACCACAGUUUAUUGCUCCCUCUCUCUAGAGUGUUAUUUUUCUAGGAAUCAAACCUAUAUUGUAUCCUCCUAGUGUGGGAAUUUAGGUUGUAUUUCACUUACAUUUAUUUUGUUUAAUGACAGAGCUAUAUUUUUGUGAAUCAUACAAACACGCCAGUAUUAAGAGCAGGUACCAAGUUAGGAUGUUUAAUAUGUCAGAAAAUGCAACUCUUUAAAGUGGAAGUCUUAACAUUUUUGUCUCCCAUUAAGUUUUUGAAUUAGUUGAAAAACAGUCUACCCUCAUUGUUUUGAAUUAUUAAAUAGAUAUAUUUGAUGUUGGUUUUUAAGAACCAAAGUCCAUUACACAGCUUGGGAGAUAUUCCUUCAAAGAAAUAAUUUUU